AUCUCUAUUGAAUCUGACGUGCUGCUCUACGCUGUCGGAUGAGAAGCGACUCCCACCAAAUUCGCAACUUUUCUUGUUGCAUCACAAACCCGAAAAUCGCUGGAGACACUUUGACUUGUUUGACAAUCUUUUGAGAGGUUUUGUUUUGUUUCCCCCUGAAAGUUUAUUACUUGUAAUUGCGCGCCCCAGAGGCUGGAAGUUUUCCCUGGACUGAAGUCAGGAUGUCAGAUAUCUCAGUCAAUGACCAUCUGGAGGGGAUAUUGUCUGAUUUUGAGGCUCUGAAGAGGUCCUUUGAUAUUGAUGAUGUGAAUGAGAUCCCUGCAUUCUCCCCUACGUCUUCUGUCACAUCUCCCAUCAGCCCAAGUGCUAUCCUCAACAAGACAAAUGAUGUGAGGAUUCCUGGGAACCAGAUGUCUCCUCCUUACCGCUCCAGGAUUAGUAUUAGCUGCAGUCCUGCCCAGAGCCCAGUUAUGAAAAAUAGAAUGGUGUCCAGUCUCUCCUUCAACCGAGGGACAAUGGGAAAGCCCACUAUCAAUGCCAACUCUGGUAUCAACAGAGCUGCCUCUUUUCAAAACAAAUUCAAUCCUAAUGGCUUCAUUUCAUCUUCAGGACCAGGAAGUGAUAAUGACAGUCUCCAUAGCUCCUCUUCCAGUCUAGAGUACCAGGCCUCUUCUAAAUUAUGCUCCUACACAAGCCCUCCACAGAGCCCUGUAGGUGUCGGAGAGUUCAAGUCCCAGCGUUUAGGGAGCCCUGCCCUAAAAAAGUUCUCUUCCCAUGGCAACAUGUUCCACUCAGAGAUGGAGGGUCCUCUGGUUAUCCCAACUGAACCCAUAGGUAUUAGCCAUGGCUCCAUGCCUUCUCUGGAACUGCAGAUGGAGACUGCAGGAAUUAAACGAGUGAUUUCCCCUGGAUCACGAUUCACAAAUACAGGUCCACAGUGGAGCGCAAGUCCCUAUAACACACAGAACAGCAGUACCUUUGCAAGGGACUCCCCUCUCAACAACCAGUCUCCUAGACCUAGAGAUCCAGUUCGCCUAAACAAGUUCCCUCUUGACCUUGACAACCUGGUCUUCAAGUCUCAGACAGAAUCUCUGGGGGCACCUAAACCACCUACAAGUUUUCAGAUGAAAUCCAACAGUCCCACUGUCUCUGCAAGUCCAUGUGCAUCUAUCAGUAGCCUGGAUAGCACUGAUUUAACCAUGGCACACAACAACAACAACAACCUCAAUGAAAAGAGAGAGCCCAUCACCCCUUCUGGAGCUAUCCCAGUACCAAAUAUUAGUGAAUCUCCUGUGCCGCUGUCUCCAGCCCAGACUCCUCAGUUUAACAUGGUCUCAAAGCCCCAAGUGGUCCAGGUGGCCCCUGCCUCACCAUUCCUAUCAAGACAGAUGGAGAUCAGCAAUGAAAUAGAUCAGAACGAUAUCCAUGCCAAAGAGAGUGUGGGUUCCAUAUUACAGCGUAUUGCCUCUUUUUCCAGAGUGGAAACUAAAGUGCCAGUGUCUGACCCAAGUCCUGUCAUGCCCAUAAUGAAUGGCAUCAAGAAAGGCUCACCGGCAAUACACUGCAAGGAGCUUAAGAGAUUGGAAGACACAGCACAGGAGCAGGGCCUGGAUCUGGAGCCGCCUGUCCCGAUGGAGGAGGAGAAGGAGGUGAUGGAGAUGGAGGUGGAGAUUGAAGAUCCGCUGCCGUGCCUCAGUGAAGCUGACACACAGGGCAUCAUUAAGGGCAGAGAUCUGUUCGGAUAUGUCGGCAUUGAGGCAGUCCUGGACCAGAUGAGACGCAAAACCAUGAAGGCCGGCUUUGAAUUUAACGUCAUGGUGGUUGGUCAGAGCGGUCUGGGGAAGUCGACGCUCGUAAACACCCUCUUCAAGUCCAAGGUCAGCAGGAAGUCAUGCACUCCUAAUUAUGAGGAAAAGAUCUCCAAAACCGUCCACCUGCAAUCAGUCAGCCACAUCAUCGAGGAGAAAGGGGUGAAGAUGAAGCUUACUGUGAUUGACACCCCUGGAUUUGGAGACCAAAUCAACAAUGAGAACUGCUGGGAGCCCAUUGUAAAGUAUGUCAAUGAACAGUAUGAAAAAUACCUGAAGGAGGAACUGAAUGUCAACAGGAAGAGAAGAAUCCCUGACAGCCGCGUUCACUGCUGCGUCUACUUCCUCCCAGCCACUGGACACUGGCUACGCCCUAUAGAUGUGGAGUUCAUGAGGAGACUGGGAAAGAUCGUGAGCAUCGUCCCCGUGAUUGCCAAAGCAGACACGCUCACUCUGGAGGAGCGGCUAGAGUUCAAGCAGAGGAUAAGACAAGACCUCCAGGCUAACGGGAUCAGAGUGUAUCCACAGAAAGAAUAUGAUGAGGAUGCCGAAGACCGGAUACUCAACGAUAAGAUUAGGGAAAACAUUCCAUUUGCUGUGGUGGGAACGGAUAAGGAACACCAGGUGAAUGGGAACAAAGUCUUGGGAAGAAAAACGAAGUGGGGGAUUAUUGAAGUUGAAAAUGUUGCGCAUUGCGAGUUUGCACACUUGAGAGAUCUUCUUAUUAGGUCCCACCUGCAAGAUUUGAAGGACGUCACUCACAACAUCCACUAUGAGACGUACAGGGUGAAAAGACUUAACGAGAGCAAUGCCAACGGACUGGCGCUUUCGCCUUUGACCCUGGAGAAUGGUACCCUAGAGAAAAGCGAGGCGGAGAGUCACCUUUGAACGGGAUGGAGUGUGUGCCUGCCGUUACAACGGGAGAGAUGAACAUUUUACUUCGAGACUGCCACUGAUGGAAGAAAAUAUCAUCAUGUUUUGACUGAAGACAUUUCCACGUAGGCAUGUAAACGUCAUAUAUGAGUCUAUUUUUCAAAAUGAAUCUAUAUUGUGGGGAGAACGAAUUAUUGAUGCGUUGUGGGUUUUUAAACCAGGGUUUGGCUAAGAGAAAGUUUUUUAUUUUUAUUUCUUCUUGACAUUUUUCGACCAUUUUUUUUUGCCUGAUAAAUGGCACGGAGGAUUGGCAUGUUUGGAAAACACAUGCAUGCAUGCCUGACACCUCAUCGGAUGAGAAAAUCCCAUAAUCCGUUUUACUGCAAAAGUACUUUUACACUGAACCAAUAAUGUGACAUGCUAUUUUUGCUUUAUUUUCAUAAUUAUUUGAGUUUUUUUUACUGCAAAUAAUGAUAUUUCCCUAUACUUUUGUAAACAUUCAAAAUCACACACAUUUAGACAAAUAUUUUGUUACAAUAGCUACUUUCCAAGCUGAAGGUAUUUUCUUAACAGACAAUUUCUUAAUAGUCUCUUACUGCUUCUCGUAAACGACUGCUGUGUUGAUAUAAUGGGAAAUAUCUCAAAUGUAACCUUCGACCUUAAAGGUCUGGUUUGAAAUGUAAUACUGGUGAUUGUUUCUAAUGCAGAGAUGGAUAAAGGAACAAGAGAAGGUCAAUUCGUAGUGAUGUUCGCCGUACAGUAAAGGGUCAAGUUUUACGGAGGGAUGUUUUUCAGUCAGUAACUUGCUGUUUUAAAGGUACACAUUGUGCUGUUUACUUCCCUCUACUGAACGUCAGGAGCUCAUCCUUUGCCCAUUUGCUUAUCAAAGCUAUUGUACAUAACCAUAAUGUGUUCUUAUUUUCUAUCACAGUGUCACAUUUCUUUUUUUACUCGACGUGUAUUAGCGACAUCAACAUGAUUUCCUUGUUACUAAUAUUACUAUUCAUGUAAACACAAUUGAUUUAUGAUUAAAAAAAAUCCCACCAUUGAACAUUUA